UAUAUUCAACCCAAGUCCAAAUAGAAACAAAAUUAAUUUCAGUGUUCGGAGACAACAAACCGCUUCUUUUUUAUUCCGUCCAACAACUCUGACACCAGAAUCAACUCCACUCCUUCCUCACGCAACAUCAUCCUUACCCAACUUCUACUGAAUGUUCAACUUCUAAUCACAACACAACCGCACCUUUUUCUAAUGGCAACACUCUCACACCCAUUCACACACUUCUUCACCGUUCAGAGAACCACUCCAUCUCACCCCAAUGCCUUCUUCAUUCGACCCUCUCAUUCCCUCCCACGCCUCCCACGACGUCGUUUCUCUCCCGUAUUCGUUGCCGCCACAUCUAUUAAGGAAAAUCUUGGUCGCAUUCAUAAGACUUUCACUGACUUCACUAGCUUAAACCACUGGGUAGUUAACGACUACUUCCGUCUGGUGGACUCCGUCAAUGCUUUCGAGCCUCGGAUUCAGGCUCUCUCCGAUGAGCAGUUGGCCGCCAAAACGGAGGAGUUUCGCCUCAGGCUCGCACGAGGGGAAACACUGGCAGAUAUUCAAGCUGAGGCCUUCGCAGUUGUUCGUGAGGCUGCCAUAAGAAAACUUGGAAUGCGCCAUUUUGAUGUUCAGAUUAUCGGUGGAGCUGUGCUGCAUGAUGGGUCAAUUGCUGAGAUGAAAACAGGAGAGGGGAAAACCUUAGUCUCCACGCUAGCCGCAUAUCUUAACGCCUUGACCGCUGAGGGUGUCCAUGUUGUAACUGUCAAUGAUUAUUUAGCUCAGCGUGAUGCUGAAUGGAUGGGGCGUGUUCAUCGUUUCUUAGGUCUUUCUGUUGGUCUUAUUCAGAGGGGGAUGAACUCUGCAGAGCGGAGAUUCAACUAUAGAUGUGAUAUAACAUACACGAAUAAUUCGGAGCUUGGCUUUGAUUACUUGAGAGAUAAUCUUGCUGGAAAUAGCGAACAGCUUGUGAUGAGAUGGCCAAAGCCAUUUCAUUUUGCUAUUGUUGAUGAGGUGGAUUCAGUACUGAUAGAUGAGGGAAGAAAUCCGCUGUUAAUCAGUGGUGAGGCUAAUCAAGAUGCUGCACGGUACCCUGUUGCUGCAAAAGUGGCUGAAUUGCUGAUACAGGGCAUUCAUUACAAAGUGGAACUCAAAAAUAAUUCGGUGGAGUUGACCGAGGAAGGAAUUACUCUUGCUGAAAUGGCUCUUGAAACAAAUGACCUUUGGGAUGAAAAUGAUCCCUGGGCGAGAUUUGUGAUGAAUGCUUUAAAAGCUAAAGAAUUCUAUCGCCGAGAUGUGCAAUACAUUGUUAGAGAUGGAAAGGCUAUAAUUAUAAAUGAGUUGACAGGAAGAGUUGAAGAGAAAAGGAGAUGGUCUGAGGGGAUUCACCAGGCUGUGGAGGCAAAGGAAUGUUUGAAGAUUCAGGCAGAUUCUGUUGUCGUGGCACAAAUCACAUACCAGUCAUUAUUCAAGCUUUAUCCAAAAUUGUCAGGAAUGACUGGAACUGCAAAAACAGAAGAGAAGGAGUUCUUAAAAAUGUUUCAGACGCCAGUCAUUGAAGUGCCCACAAAUCUUCCUAAUAUUCGUAAAGACUUGCCUAUUCAAGCAUUUGCUACUGCUCGUGGGAAAUGGGAGCAAGUUCGCCGAGAAGUUGAAGAUAUGUUUAGACAAGGGCGUCCUGUCUUGGUUGGGACAACUAGUGUAGAAAAUUCUGAGCUUUUGGCUGGUCUGCUUAGGGAAUGGGAGAUUCCUCAUAAUGUUCUGAAUGCUCGACCCAAGUAUGCUGGGAGAGAAGCUGAAAUUGUUGCACAGGCAGGACGGAAACAUGCCAUUACAAUAUCUACAAAUAUGGCAGGCAGGGGCACAGAUAUAAUCCUUGGAGGAAAUCCAAAAAUGCUUGCCAGAGAAAUUAUAGAGGACACUGUAGUUCCUUUUUUGUCACGGGAGGAUCCAAACAGUAAACUUGCUAGUGAGACCAUUUCAGAAAAGAUGCUUCCGAAGAUAAAGGUGGGAUCAUCAUCAUUAGCCUUACUGGCUAAAACAGCCUUAAUGGCAAAAUAUGUAUCGAAAAGUGAGGGUAAAAGUUGGACAUAUCAGAAGGCUAUAUCUUUUAUCUCAGAGUCUGUUGAAAUGAGUCUUUCACAUGGUUUGAAAGAGCUGGAGAAGCUUGCCAAUGAAGAAUCUGAGAUAUACCCACUUGGUCCAACAGUAGCACUUGCGUAUCUGUCAGUUUUAAAGGAUUGUGAAGAACACUGUUUGCAAGAAGGGUCUGAGGUAAAAAGGCUUGGGGGCCUUCAUGUGAUUGGUACAUCUUUACACGAGUCCCGAAGAAUAGACAACCAGCUUCGUGGCAGAGCAGGGAGGCAGGGGGAUCCGGGGUCAACAAGAUUUAUGAUCAGCUUGCAGGAUGAGAUGUUUCAAAAGUUCAAUUUUGAUACUGAAUGGGCUGUUAGACUUAUAUCAAAGAUUACCAAUGAUGAGGAUCUUCCCAUUGAAGGUGGUGCCAUUGUGAAACAGCUAUUGGUAUUGCAAAUCAAUGCAGAAAAGUUCUUCUUCGGCAUAAGAAAGAACCUCGUUGAGUUUGAUGAAGUAUUGGAGGUGCAGCGAAAACAUGUCUAUGAUCUAAGGCAGUUAAUCUUAACCGGAGACGAUGAAAGUUGUUCUCAACACAUAUUACAGUACAUGCAAGCCGUGGUGGAUGAGAUUGUCUUUAAUAACAUUUAUCCAUUGAAGCAUCCUCAUAGUUGGGAUUUGAGUAAUCUCUUGAAAGAAUUCAAGACAAUUGGUGGAAAGCUGUUGCAUGCAGAGUCAUUUGGAGGGAUUAAUGAUGACACUUUACUAAAUUCACUUGGGCUAUUGAAUGAAGUGAAUUCAGUUGAUGUUGUCAAUGUAUGCCUUCCAAAUUUGCCAGCACCUCCAAACGCUUUCAGGGGAAUUCGCAGGAAGAGCUCCUCAUUAAAACGAUGGCUUGCUAUUUGCUCCGAUGAUUUAAUUGAGAACGGGAAGUAUCAGACAACUUCUAAUCUCCUUCGCAAGUAUCUUGGAGAUUUUCUUAUUGCUUCGUAUUUAGAUGUUGUUGAAGAGUCUGGUUAUGAUGAGGGACAUGUAAAAGAGAUUGAGAGAGCUGUUCUUUUGAAAACUCUGGACUGUUUCUGGAGAGAUCAUCUUGUAAACAUGAAUAGGCUCAGCUCUGCGGUGAAUGUUCGGAGCUUUGGCCACAGGAAUCCUCUGGAAGAAUAUAAAAUUGAUGGUUGUCGGUUUUUCAUCUCAAUGCUCAGUGCAACUCGAAGGUUGACUGUAGAAGCACUCUUACGCCAUUGGACAUCUCCAUUGGAAUCUCAAGAAUUAUUUUUAUAAUAAACAUUUGAAUGCUUUGUGCAUUUAAGUCAGAUAAUUGAGUUUUCAACUUAGAUCACGUUCUAUUUCGCCCCCAAGGAUUUAUAUGAAGAGGUAAAUUUGGGGCCAAUGUUUUGUACAAUGUUGUUGAUGUUUCACUUAGUCGGUUUGCAUGGUCUAGAUAGCGUAAAAGGCGGCCUGUAGAAUAGUUACAAGACUCAGUAAUGUUUAUCAUUUUUCCUGGUUUGUCAAGUUACGGAGAAGAUACAUAUAGAUGCUCAGAAAAAUGAUUUGUAUAUUUGCUUCCUUUUACAGGUCAAUCAAAGGAGCUGAACCUGUUUAUUCUGGGGUUUUGCUUAGAUUGCAUGUUUUUUUGGCUCACAUAUUGAUAGUGCUUAGUGCCUAGAAGAGGUUUAGUAAGAGCUACACCAAACACAUUCAAGUAAAUAUCCUUUCCGCCCUCUUUGUUCUACUGAAAGAAUAAGUAGCCAAUUUAGAUGACAUUGAUCUCUCGAAAGAGUUAAGAGAGUUAAGGCCAAUUUAGAUGUACAUGUAACAUAUGAAACAUGUUUCCAUAAUAUAUAAUGAGAUGUGAUUGCUAUC